AUGAAUAAUAUACAUAGAUUCAUACAAAAACGUUUCUAUCUUCGCACUCGACAUGCGCAUCCAUUCGGAAUAGUUCUCGACAUUGACGGUGUCUUGUUUCGAGGAAGAAAUCUUCUGCCACGUGUCAAAGAAGCAUUCAGUUUGAUUACGGAUAAGAAGGGAAACUUUGUGGUGCCUACGGUAUUUCUGACAAAUGGAACAAACAGUACAGAGAAGAUCAAAGCUGCUCAACUGAGUGAGCAACUUGGAUUUCGUAUUCCUGCAGAUCACGUCUUGAUGUCUCAUAGUCCAUUGAGAAUGUUCACUGAUCUUCAUGAUAAACAAGUACUUGUCGUUGGACAGAAAAAUGCAACUUCUAUUGCCAAAGGAGUUGGCUUCAAAAAAGUGACAACAAUCGACCACCUUCGCAAGUGGUUCCCUCAUUUGGAUUGUACUGAUUUCUCGAGAAAACACGUUGAUCCAAAAGAAACAGAAGCAGCGAGAAAGAGAUUCAGACCAAUCGAAGCGAUUGUGAUGCUUGGUGAACCAUUGAAAUGGGAGACCUCACUUCAGUUGAUGUUGGAUUGUGUGCUGACUUAUGGAAGAAUGGACACAAUGGUAUUCCCUCUGAUCGCCGGUGGCCUCCGUCCUGAUCACAUCCCGAUCGUAGCUUGCAACGUGGAUCUCGUAUGGAUGGCUGAUGUGGCAUCACAACUUCCACGUAUCGGACACGGAGUAUUCAUUCAUGUGUUGGAUACUCUCUAUGAGAAAUUGACUGGACAACAUUUGAAAUUUACGGCGACUCUUGGAAAACCAACUGAGGUCAGCUACCUUCAUGCGGCCCACCGUAUCCAACGUCUGGCAAAAGCGAUGAAACUUGGUGAUGUCAAAUAUCUUUAUGUGAUUGGGGAUAAUCCAAUGUCUGAUGUACUGGGUGCACGUCUUUUCGAUCGAUAUCUCCGUCAUGGAGGUGUCGGACGAUUUGACCAUUUGGAUUUGGAGGCAUUUGAAGGGAAUGAUGGUGAGAAACCAAGAGUUCGAACCAGAAAUGUCGUCGAAAGAUGCAUCUCAAUUCUUGUGGAGACUGGUGUUCAUCAGGAGCAUGUUCAUAUGAAUGGAGUAGUAAAGCCGAUUUCGGCUCUCAUUGAUAACCUUUCGAAAGGCGAGCAGCUGCUUCUUAAUCAGCCCAACUUUGUUGAAUACGACUUGCACGCUGCUAUUCGUACAAUUUUGAGAAGGGAAUGCUAUCGUUGA